AUGGCUAAGCAACACGCCGCGGACGCCAAGGCCGCCGCCAAGGCUGAGCGCGCCGCCGCGGGACCCAAGGGACGCAAGCGCAAGGCUGCCGAGGACGCCGCGCUCGCCGCCAAAAAAGCCGCGUACGGCGUCAACCCCGCCGCCGCGGCUGCCGCGGCGGCUGCCGUCUUUGACGCCACGCUCCAUUCGAUGAUGUCGCCGCUGGGCGGGCCGACGCAGCAGCCGUCGCCGUUUGGCCUCGGCACCAACAGCUGGUACGGCCCGUCCGGUACCGGCUCCAUGUUCAACACCGGCGGCCACGGCGUGGGCAUGGACGGGGUGCACGGCGGCGCGCACAACCCCCCGAGGUCCCCUUACGGCGGCAUCGGCGGCAUCGACGGCUUUUUCGACGGCGUCGGCGAAGGGUCCAACCCGCCCAUCCACGUCGGCGGAUCUCCGGGCGGUUCGAAGAACAUGAACGGCGGCGGCUCCCCGCUCGGCGCGCUGUCCACCAUGAUGGCGGGCGGAACGUCCCCGCUGCUCGCCAACUUCCCCGGCAUCUCCGGAGGUUCACCCGGGAACCUCUACGCGUCCCUCCUGUCCUCCCCGGGGUCGAUGCGCAAGAACACGGUGCUUCGGUCCACCCCGGGGACGGGCGGCGGAAUGAACGGCGCGGGCGCCAUGGCACCCCCGAAGAGCGCCAAGGCGUCCGAGAAGGUCCAUGCCGCGGACCUGCCCCAGAUUGCCGAGGAUUCACCCUCCAUCUCCGGCCUCGGCGGCUGGUUCGACACCCCCGGCGGUAAGAACGCGCGCGGAUCCAAGAUUUCGCCCCCGGCUAACGCCCCGGUGCCGCGCAUGGCGGGCAUCUCCGCGGAGCUCGCCGGCUUGCAGUCCCCGCCGCACCUCAAGGGGGGCGCCGCGGCCAUUCCCGGGCGCCUCUCCAGCAUCUUCCGCCGCGCGGCGUCCGGAGCGGAUAUUUCCUCGCAGGGUGGCGUCGGCGUCAAGGCUACCAAGGAGCCCGCGGCGUCGAGGCGCGCGGAUGACGUGCUCGAGGUGAUGCGCCAGCUGGAGCAGCAGCAGAACGCGGGUGACUACGCUCAGGCGGAGCAGUUCCUCGCCGCUCAGGAGCGCAAGACUCGGGCGGGGGCGGCGGCCGCGGCGGCGGCGGCUGCGGCGAUGGGGGUGCGGGUUGAGGGCGGCGACGGGUUGUCGCCGAGCCAAUUCUUGGAGAUGCGCUAG